AUGGUUUUUUCACGGUUGAGGCAUUCUCCGUUUUCUUUUUCAGGGAAGAAGGGGAGUUCUCCAAAGCCGAUAAUACCUUCUGUUGUGGGAGGGGUAUUCCUGCUUGGCCUUCUAACUUGUCUCAUUGUCUUCUGGAAGCAGAUAAUGCGGCCAGGCCACAGAAAAGCGGAUAUUGAUGGAGCAACGGAACUCCGUGGGCCAGAAGAUUUUGAGUUCAAGAUACUGAAAAAGGCAACUCACAAUUUUGAUCAGGCAAAUAAGCUUGGAGAAGGUGGGUUUGGUGAAGUAUUUAAGGGUACGUUGGAAAAUGGCAAAGUUGUGGCAGUAAAGAAGCUGACAUUAGGUCACUCUGCACGUGCAAUUUCUGAGUUUGAAAGCGAAGUGAGGCUCAUUUCCAAUGUUCAUCACAGAAAUCUUGUGCGUUUACUCGGAUGUUGCAGACAAGGCCAUGAAAGGCUCCUGAUUUAUGAGUACAUGCCCAAGAGCAGCCUUAACAGAAUAUUAUUUGGUUUGCAAUUCCUGGAAAAAAAAAGACUAUUGAGCUGGAAGGAAAGGUUCAACAUUAUCCUGGGCACCGCUCGUGGGCUGGCGUAUCUCCAUGAGGAAUUCCAUGUCUGUAUCAUCCAUCGUGAUAUUAAAUCAAGCAAUAUAUUACUUGACAACAGCUUUCAGGCAAAAAUAGCAGAUUUUGGGCUCGCUAGACUUCUUCCGAAUGAUAAAACUCAUGUUAGCACAAGAUUUGCAGGAACAGUAGGAUACACAGCUCCUGAAUAUGCUAGGUAUGGGCAAUUAACAGAGAAAGCUGAUACCUAUAGCUUUGGUGUGGUUGUUCUUGAAAUUGUUAGUGGUAGAAAAAGCAUCGACUUGAAGCAACCACCUGAUAUGGAAUAUCUUCUUCAAUGGGUUUGGAGACUAUACGAAGAGAACAAGGUUUUAGAGUUAGUGGAAAGUGAAAAGGAGAUGGAAGGGUAUAACGAAGAAGAGGUGCUGAGGGUGAUAAAUCUUGCGCUUCUGUGCAUACAAGAAUCCUUCAGACAUAGGCCAUCAAUGCCUGAGGUCGUGACAAUGCUGUUAAGUAAAGAUGAGAUUGAUUUUCAGAAACAUCUACAUACAUCUUUCGCAGACAUGCCGUGCGUACAAUUUACAGAGUCAAGUGCAACAAUUACAGAAUCCCUUAAUGGUUAA